GGGGCCUCGCGCACGCCGGGGCCCGGGCCACGGGCCGCAGCGCCGGGGCCGGCGAUGAGCGCGAGGAGCCGGCAUGAGCGCAGACAGCAGCCCCCUCGUGGGCAGCACGCCUGCCGGCUAUGGCACCCUGACGGUGGAGACGUCGAUAGAUCCUCUCAGCUCCGCAGUUUCAUCUGUGAGGCUGAGCGGCUAUUGUGGCACUCCAUGGAGGGUCGUCGGCUAUCAUGUGCUGGUCUGGAUGAUGGCCGGUAUCCCUUUGCUGCUCUUCCGGUGGAAGCCCCUGUGGGGGGUGCGGCUCCGGCUCAGGCCGUGCCACUUGGCCCACGCCGAAACACUCGUCAUCGAAAUAAGAGACAAAGAGGAUAGCUCGUGGCAGCUCUUCACCGUCCAGGUGCAGACAGAGGUCAUCCCCAAUGGCAGCAUGGAGCCACCGCCGCCAGUCCCAGGGGAGGAUGGCAGGAGCCAGGUGGCUGUGGGGGCGGUGCCGGAGGGAGAGUGGACGGACACAGCCCAGCUGCACACAAAGACAGAGGCAACACGGCUGCUGCGCUACUACCUAUUCCAGGGCCAGCGCUACGUGUGGCUCGAGACCCAGCAGGCCUUCUUCCAAGUCAGCCUGCUGGACCAGGGCCGCACCUGCACCGAUAUCCUCCGCUCCCGCUCGGGCCUCAGCCCCCAGGACCAAGCCGUGAGGAAGAUCAUCUAUGGCCCCAAUGUCAUCGGUGUGCCCGUCAAGUCUUACCCACAGCUUCUGCUGGAUGAGGCCCUGAACCCCUACUACGGGUUCCAGGCGUUCAGCAUCGCGCUGUGGCUGGCAGACCGCUACUACUGGUAUGCGCUGUGCAUCUUCCUCAUCUCUGCCGUCUCCAUCUGCCUGUCCCUCUACAAGACCAAGAAGCAAAGCCAGACACUAAGGGAUAUGGUCAAGCUGUGCAUGCAGGUGCGCGUGUGCCGGCCCGGAGGAGUGGAGGAGUGGAUCGACUGCAGUGAGCUGGUGCCGGGAGACUGCCUGGUCCUGCCCCCUGAGGGUGGGCUCGUGCCCUGCGAUGCCGCCCUGGUGACCGGCGAGUGCGUGGUCAACGAGAGCUCUCUGACCGGAGAGAGUGUUCCAGUCCUGAAGACCGCACUGCCCGAGGGGCCAGGACCCUACUGCCCAGAGACGCACCGGCGACACACGCUCUUCUGCGGGACCCUCAUCAUGCAGGCCCGGGCCUACGUGGGACCCCAUGUCCUGGCAGUGGUGACCCGGACAGGGUUCUGCACGGCCAAAGGGGGCCUGGUGAGCUCCAUCCUGCACCCCCGGCCUAUCAACUUCAAGUUCUAUAAACACAGCAUGAAGUUUGUGGCUGCCCUCUCCAUCCUGGCUCUCCUGGGCACCAUGUACAGCAUCUUCAUCCUGUAUCGCAACCAGGUGCCUGUAAACGAGAUUGUGAUUCGGGCCCUGGACCUGGUGACAGUUGUGGUACCGCCCGCCCUGCCGGCUGCCAUGACGGUGUGUACACUCUACGCCCAGAGCCGUCUGCGCAGUCAGGGUGUCUUCUGCAUCCACCCGCCUCGCAUCAACCUGGGCGGCAAGCUACGGCUGGUGUGCUUCGACAAGACAGGCACCCUCACCGAGGACGGCUUGGACGUGAUGGGGGUGGUGCCCCUGGAAGAGCAGACAUUCCGGCCAUUGGUCCCAGAGCCCCACCGCCUGCCUCCUGGGCCCCUGCUCCGAGCACUGGCCACCUGCCACACCCUCAGUCGGCUCCAGGACACCCUGGUGGGCGACCCCAUGGACCUCAAGAUGGUGGAGGCCACUGGCUGGGUCCUGGAGGAGGAGCCGGCUACAGACUCAGCACUUGGCACCCAGGUCCUGGCCGUGAUGAGACCCCCACCACAGGCACCCGAGCAGCAGGGCAUGGAGGAGCAGCCGGGCGCCCUGAGCGUCCUCAGCCGCUUCCCCUUCUCCUCGUCGCUACAGCGCAUGAGCGUGGUGGUGACAUGGCCAGGGGCUGCCCAACCCGAGGCCUAUGUCAAGGGCUCCCCCGAGCUGGUGGCAGGUCUCUGCGACCCUGAAACAGUGCCCCCCAACUUCGCCCUGAUGCUACAGAGCUACACAGCUGCCGGCUACCGCGUUGUGGCCCUGGCCAGCAAGACACUGCCCAGGAUGCCCAGUGUGGAGGCGGCCCAGCAGCUGACCAGGGACACCGUGGAGCGGGAGCUGAGCCUGUGUGGGCUGCUCGUUAUGAGGAAUGUGCUGAAGCCAGAGAGCGCGUCGGUCAUCCAGACCCUGCGCAGGACACACAUCCGCACCGUCAUGGUGACAGGGGACAACCUGCAAACAGCGGUCACCGUGGCCCGGGGCUGCGGCAUGGUGGGCCCCCAGGAGAGGCUGGUUGUUGUCCACGCCACACACCCUGAGCAGGGCCGGCCAGCCUCCCUCAAGUUCCUGCCAGUGGAGUCCACUGUGUCUGUGAAUGGGGCUAAGGAGCCUGAGCCCGCCACCAGCUGCAUGGUGGAGCCUGACCCCCGAGCCAACCACCUGGCGCUCAGCGGGGCCACAUUUGCUGUCCUCAUGAAACACUUCCCCAAGCUGCUGCCCAAGGUGCUGGUCCAGGGCACGGUCUUUGCCCGCAUGGCCCCAGAGCAGAAGACAGAGCUGGUGUGUGAACUGCAGAAGCUCCAGUACUGCGUGGGCAUGUGCGGUGAUGGUGCCAAUGACUGCGGGGCCCUGAAGGCAGCUGAUGUGGGCAUCUCGCUGUCCCAGGCUGAGGCCUCGGUGGUGUCACCCUUCACCUCCAGCAUGGCCAGCAUUGAGUGCGUACCCAUGGUCAUCAGGGAGGGCCGCUGUUCCCUGGACACAUCCUUCAGCGUCUUCAAGUACAUGGCCUUGUACAGCCUGACCCAGUUCAUCUCAGUCCUCAUCCUGUAUACGAUCAACACCAACCUGGGAGACGUGCAGUUCCUGGUCAUUGACCUGGUCAUCACCACCACUGUGGCAGUGCUCAUGAGCCGCACAGGGCCGGCGCUGGCGCUGGGACGUGCUCGGCCACCAGGGGCGCUGCUGAGCAUGCCGGUGCUGAGCAGCGUGAUGCUGCAGGUGGCCCUGGUAGCUGGCGUGCAGCUCGGGGGCUACUUCCUGACCACAGUGCAGCCCUGGUUUGAGCCUCUGAAUAAGACAGUGCCAGCACCUGACAACCUCCCCAACUAUGAGAACACCGUGAUCUUCUCCCUGUCUGCCUUCCAGUACCUCAUCCUGGCUGCGGCUGUGUCCAAGGGGGCACCCUUCCGCCGGCCACUCUACACCAAUGUGCCCUUCCUGGUGGCUCUGGCACUCUUGGGCUCCAUUCUGGUGGGCCUCGUCCUGGCCCCAGGUCUCCUGCAGGGACCACUGGCACUAAGGGACAUCGCUGACACCUGCUUCAAGCUGCUGCUGCUGGGCCUGGUCGCCUUCAAUUGCGUGGGGGCCUUCAUGGUGGAGAAUGUGCUGGACCAGUGCUUCCCGGUCUGCUUGCGGCACCUCCGGCCCAAACGGGCCUCCAAGAAGCGCUUCAAGCAGCUGGAGCAGGAGCUCGCCCAGCAGCCCUGGCCGCCACUGCCCGCCAGCCCCGGGAGGUAGCACAGGCCUUGGUGGGCGCGCUGGAAUGCCACAGCUCCCCACCUCUGAGACUCCCACCACCACACCACCCCCAAACACACCCCCACAGCCCUGGGCUGGCCAUUCCUGCACUCCUGGCCAAGAGGAGACUACA